AAUUCUCUCUGCGUUUAAAGAUGACUAAUGAUGUGGCUAAAAAGAAAAUUAAGAGUUCGGGUGAGAAAAAGAGCAAAAGAAAAGUGAAGCGAAGGGAGACUUACGCGAUGUACAUCUACAAAGUUCUCAAGCAGGUCCAUCCCGACACCGGCAUUUCUAGCAGAGCCAUGAGCAUCAUGAACUCGUUCGUCAACGACCUGUUCGAGAGAAUCGCCACCGAAGCGUCCAGACUGGCUCAGUACAACAAGAGGUCCACCAUCACCAGCAGGGAGGUUCAGACCGCCGUCAGGCUGCUGCUGCCCGGAGAGCUGGCCAAGCACGCCGUGUCCGAGGGCACCAAGGCCGUCACCAAGUACACCAGCUCCAAGUGAAGCGGCCUCGCUUCAA